UCCAAAAAAACCAAAAACCCUCUAGUGUCGCCAUUCGUGAACCAGAGCUGGCCAUUUCACUUCCCAGUAGCAAAAGUAAGUUCCAUCGGAACAAUUAUGGUGGAAUCCAGCUCCUACUUGAGUAAUUUAGGGGCUCUCGAUUCCCUCAGCGACGAUGAAAUCCAGGAAUUGCUCAAUGGCUACGCCCAAUUCUGUGCUGCUACCGACGCGCUUCUUAAUGGCACUGCAGAUCUAUCCUUGAGAUCGGAGUUCGUCGCUCACGUUCAAUCCCUCUGCAACCACGGCCUCCAAUCUCUUGUCCUCGAUCUCUUCCUUCGAUCACUACAGGAAAAUUUCGAGAAAAAUGGUGCCUUGGAAUUUUGGGGACAUUUUGAGGCCUACGAGAAUAUUGCAGUUUCCAACGCCUGCAACCCCCCUCAUUCAGAAGAGGAAGUUCGGGAAGUGUUAUGUAAAGCUUUAGAAGAGAUUUCCUUGAAAAAGAAAUUUCAGGAGGAGUUGUUGUCAGUACUGGUUCAUGCUUUACAGUCGUACAAAUAUGAUGCAUUGGAGAAAGGACGUCAGUAUGAGGCUGAAACUGAAAGAGUUUAUCUCUUUGCCAAAUAUCAACUACUUGUUUCCUCAGUUCUUAUGGCUACUCUUCCCCGACAUUUUCCAGAUUUGCUCCACUGGUAUUUUAAGGGAAAGCUGGAAGAGUUGAGUGCUAUCAUGGCUGGAGAAUUAAAUGAAGAUUAUCAGUCUCAAUGUAAAGAUGAUAUGGAUCUAGAUGGAAAAGGUAGAAUCUCCAGCAAGAAUGGUCAAAAUGAUUUUGAUGAAAGCUAUCAGUUGGAGAAGUUUUCUAAUAUAGAUAAAUUAGUGAAGAACAUUGGGAAGGUUGUUCUUGAUCUCAGAAGUCUUGGGUUUACAUCUAUGGCCGAAGAUGCCUAUGCUUCUGCCAUAUUCUCACUUCUAAAGGCAAAAGUUGAUUAUCUUGCAGGCGAUGAUUACAGAAGCUCUGUUUUGGAGCCCAUCAAAGACUGGAUAAAGGCUGUGCCACUCCAGUUUUUGCAUUCCCUUCUUGCUUAUCUUGGCAAUCCUGCUGGUAACAGUAGUUCUUUGUUUAGUUUGAAAUCACCGUUGGCUCCCCAUGCAUCUUCAAUCAAUUCUGGAGUUAAUACUCCUGAAGGACUUAUUAGGUGGCAGUCACGGUUGGAGUAUUUUGCAUAUGAAACUUUGCAAGACUUGAGGAUUGCUAAACUUUUUGAAAUAAUAGUGGAUUAUCCUGACAGCUCUCCUGCAAUUGAAGAUUUAAAACAGUGUCUUGAAUACACCGGACAACAUUCUAAGCUUGUUGAAUCUUUCAUCUCGGCACUACGAUAUCGCCUUCUUACUGCUGGAGCUUCUACCAAUGAUAUAUUGCAUCAAUAUGUUUCUACUAUCAAAGCACUUCGCACAAUCGACUCAGCAGGUGUUUUUCUUGAAGCAGUUGGUGAACCAAUAAGGGAAUACUUAAGGGGAAGGAAAGAUACCAUCAAAUGCAUUGUCACCAUGCUUACUGACGGGACUGGUGGAAAUUCAAAUGUAUCUGGCAAUACUGGUGAUAGCCUUCUUGAAGAAUUAAAUAGAGAUGAAGAAGGUCAAGACAAUGUCGGUCUAGAUGAUGAUUUUCACACAGAUGACAGGCAAGCCUGGAUAAAUUCUUCACGAUGGGAGCCUGACCCUGUAGAAGCUGAUCCAUUGAAGGGUGGGAGGACUAGAAGGAAGGUCGACAUACUUGGGAUGCUAGUUAGCAUAAUUGGUUCAAAAGACCAACUAGUCAAUGAAUACCGCGUCAUGCUUGCAGAAAAGCUUUUAAAUAAGUCUGAUUAUGACAUCGAUUCAGAGAUACGAACAUUAGAACUACUUAAGAUACAUUUUGGAGAAAGUAGCAUGCAGAAGUGUGAAAUUAUGCUAAAUGAUCUAAUUGAUUCCAAGAGGACGAACUCUAAUAUUAAAGCAACAAUAAACUUGCCAUCUCAAAAAGCUGUUGAUCUCAAGGACAGUAUGAUAUCAAUGAAUGACCUUGAUGCGACUAUCAUGUCUUCAAAUUUCUGGCCUCCAAUUCAGGACGAGAACAUUAACCUACCUGCACCAGUGGAUCAUCUGCUUUCAGAUUAUGCUCAGAGGUUUAAUGAAAUUAAGACCCCCCGUAAGCUACAAUGGAAGAAAAAUCUUGGUACAGUAAAGUUGGAGUUGCAAUUCGAAGAUAGAGAAUUGCAGUUCACUGUAGCUCCAGUUCAUGCGGUAAUGAUUAUGCAAUUUCAAAAUCAAACAAGUUGGAGUGCUAAGAGUCUCGCGGCUGCCAUUGGUUUGCCGGUAGAUGUGCUUACUCGGCGGAUAAACUUCUGGGUUAAUAAGGGAAUUCUCACAGAGUCCCAGGCUACAGAUUCCACCGACCAUGUAUACGUCCUCGUAGAAAGUAUGAUUGACACAAGUAAAAAUGUUUCGAACAAUGGCAAUAACGAGGACCUCAUGGUUGGUGAGGAUGAGGGAGAGGGCUCUGUUACUUCUGUUGAGGACCAACUACGUAAAGAGAUGACCGUCUACGAGAAAUUCAUCAUCGGGAUGCUAAAAAAUUUUGGAAGUAUGGCUUUAGAUCGAAUUCAUAAUACGCUCAAGAUGUUUUGUGUAGCAGACCCCUCCUACGACAAGUCAAUCCAACAGCUACAGAGCUUUUUAUGUGGCCUUAUUUCUGAAGAGAAAUUAGAACUGAGAGAUGGGAUGUACUUACUGAAAAAAUAAAACUACCUUAACCAUUACAUCAAGAAAUAUAUUUAUGCCUAUAAUUAACAGUAUCUGUAAAUAUAGAAGUUCUUUUUUUGGGUUAAAUUUAUAAUUUAGUUCCUAUGUAAUUGUUUUCUUAGUUAGUGUUACUGGUGGUGCGAGAUUUGAAGUACCAUUUUCUUUUUAGU